UCUGCAGGCAGGCCGUCCUCAAUGUGCUCUCUACCAAAUGGAAGCAGAGGUGUUGAACCCCCAGAUGAUGGCGGACGUCAAUGGCAACAACAAAAUCACCAACGCGGAGCUGGAGGUGCUGAAGCUGCAGGAGCUGGUCCGGAAACUGGAGAGACAGAACGAACAAUUGCGGACCAGAGCGAACGCUGUAAACAACUGCUCCGCCGGCCCUCAUCAUCUCCAGACCUCGCUGCCGUGUCUGCGCGGCGGUGCACCGUCUCCGAGUGACUACAUCCCGGGGAAAUAUGGCAUUCCGAGUCCGGCACAGUCGCAUCCAUGUCCCCUCGGAGCCCGGGGGUCGACGGAGGAGCUGUUCGCGUAUUUCCAGCCGAGCUCAGUGUCUCCUGACUCCGCUGGGGAGGACGGAGGAGCCUCCACCACCACCGUGAUGGAUGAGGUUGAUGUUUUGGACCUCGCCGUGCUCCCCGUCGGAGAGCCUGAUAGCUGGCUGUACAUGAGUCCCAGAGCCAGGCUGUGGGGCGAGAGUGUCCUCAGCCCUCUCCAGUGGUGCAGGCAGGUACUGGACCACCUGGGGCCCGAGGCGGAGCUGGCCAAGAUGACCCUCUGCCGCAGGCUGGACCAAGCUAAGCGGUGGCGAGGAUUCUCCUCGGUCCGUCCAUACAGCUGCAUAGAGGGACUCUCCACCCUCAGCUGCCCCGUGCUGCCUUACACCAAACCUGCUGCACCAACCGAGGCCCCAGCUCCAUUUCCAUCGUGUGCUCAGUCUUUCCUCCAGCCACUCAGGGCCGGCCCCAGUGACAGAGCUCCCACCUUCUUAUCAAACUCCACCCUCCACAACGUGGGCCGCCGACAUGCGGCCAUCAGCCCCCAGUCUUCCCUGGACAGUGAGGUGGGUGUGUCAGAGCUGGAGGACGACUCCAUCUCCAUGAGCUACAAACUGCAGGACAUGACAGACGUGGAGGUCAUGGCACGACUUCAGGAGGAGAGUCUCCGACAGGACUACGCCUCUACCUCGCACACCCCCACAGUCAGCCGGCGCAGAGCCAGCUUCUCCUUACACUCCCUCCGGCGCAGCGAGAUGGAUCUGGAGGAGGAGGACGAGGACGAGGACGAGGGUUACGACCAGCUCCCGCCUCCCCAGCCCCGACUGUUCGGCGCCGGCUCUAUGCAUCGGGGCGGCCUGCCCCACUCGCACACCUUCUCCAGUAUCAGAGACUGCAGACGCAGCUCAAUCGCACCUCAGUUCUCACUCAGUGGACUCUCCCAGUACUCUGGACCCCCCAGCCUGACCGCGGAAACACACACAGUAUACAGGAAUAGCACAGACAAGCUACGGAGAAGCAUGCCCAACCUGAUCCGAGCUCCCAGCAUGCCCAGUGUUCCCAGCAUUCCAUGCCUGGCUUCCCCUAUCAACCCGCCCUCCCACGGCCCCUCCUCCUUGCCAACGAUAUCCUCCCUGCGGAGCAGCCAGAGCUUUGACUCCUCCAGUGGGCUUGCACGGCUCCAGUCCUCCAUUCCAUCCCCAGGCCAGCUCACCCAGCGGGUCCAGAGCGUCGGCAACUUCCCCACCACUCCCCGAAACCCGUUAAAAGCCACGGCCUACGUGAGCCCCACGGUGCAGCAGGGCCCCACCUCUACCUCCCUCUCCACCUCCAUCAGUCUGCACUCCAUCCCCGGCAGCGGCGCACCGCCUCAGCCCCUCAAACCGAGCAGCAGCUUGGUGCCGCAGCCCCUGAAAGCCGGGGGCCACCAGCCAGCUGUCACCCGCAGCUCCCUCCCUCGCCCGGCCUCCUUUGUCGGGACCAGUGGAGUUCCACGUCCAAGCAAAAUCACCCAGCCCACACGAAGUUUGCUGACUCCUCCAAAGAGCCUGGCUGCCCUGUCCGCCCUGAGGGAUGGCAGCUGGAAAGACGGCUGCUACUGAACCCAAAUGAAACGGAUGUUGAGGAGGGAUCACAGGGUGACACACUGAUUUAAAAUGUUGCCGUCAGGAGGGGCCCAGUCUUGGGCUAUGACCCAAGAGAGAGUGACUGUUAGCAUUUGUAAAGGCCACUGCUCCUCACUGAAGGACUGAGAACAGCACGGGUCCAGCAGGCUGGACCUUCACAUUACUACCUGCUAGAACAGAGACUGACACACGAUGA